CUCCAUGGCGCGUCUUAGGUUACAGUUGCUAGACUGAAUGGCGGACAGGCCAUAGGUCUACUAUAGGCUCGUCGGAAUCGUGUUUCCUCAGGAUUCCGUGUCGCGUCGUGUGGGAAUGGCAUGCUGACGAUUCCGCGUUAUGAGUUGACUCGCUUAGAAUAACUGUGUUUUCCGGCUAAAUGGAGUCGUCGUCAUUCUCCGAGUUGAGCGCAUUGCCGCUGAGCCCAGUCGCCGAGACUGUCCCCGAUAGAGAGAAAGUACGCAGCGUUCCAGAGGAGUCGUAUAUCGCGUAUAACGGCGCGUUUAGCGGAGCGCCUUCUGCGAAAAGGCUGUCAUUUGAACGCGUACAAGAAGCGGUCAAUGACGCGAAGAGAGGUUGGAUUAGGAGAUUCGAUAGGAGAGACCGGGAUUCUCCACCAGACUCCGUUAAGAAGAGCUCCGAUAAAGUGUUACGGAGCAUCAGCCUGACAGCCAGCUGGAGAUUUGCUAGUCCGAGCAAAACCGACGACAGCAGCCGGCGUCUGAGCAGCGGGAGCGGGACAGGAAGGAGCUCUCUCCCUGGAAGCAGCAGUUUCCGUGGUACUGCCGAAACGGAAAUUAGCAGCAUUGGGAAAAUACCUAGCCGCGUCAGCGAUGACAGCGACAGCAGUGCGAGCAGCAGGCUUCGGCAAUCCCAGGAAAUUGACAGCAUUGCGGAGAAAUUUAGCAUCGGCAAUGACAGCGAUGGCAAUGCGAGCAGCAGGCCUCGGCAGUCCCUAGAGGUUAGCAGUAUUGGGGGGAAACUUAGCCUCGGCAAUGACAGCGGUAGCAGUGCGAGCGGUGGGUCUCGGCAAUCCCAAGAGAUUCAGGACCUUGGGAAGAACAGGCGUCAGCUGGCGCGAUUUCACAGCCUACCGUCAGACGAUCUGGAGCAUCGAUCUGGCGUAAAAGAUGGAGGCGAAAUCGACGGUGAGGAUGCUGCUGUUGAAGGAGGAGGAGAAGAACUCGACGAAGGGGAGGAAAGAGGAGAAAGAGGAGAAACGGACUCAAUGGACCAUGCUGGGUGGAACGAGGGUCCUGUCUACACCACAGAUAUGAUUUUCCGAAAGUCUUACAGUGCAAAAUUAAGAAAUGCUAAGUCAGGGGCCAGGGGGGAGGAGAUAUCCGGAGGGGAAGAGAGCUCCGAAGGGGAAGCGAGGUCCAGGUGGCAGGGGGCGAUGAGAUUGCUGCACCACAUGCAGCGGACGAAGCUGCAGGCACGCCUAGGGCACUGGUGGCAGCGCCGGCCGUUUCAGGCGGGAAAACAGCAGCCGCUGGAAGGCCGACUUCAGCAGCAGCAGGUGCCACGUCAGGGGGGGGUACAGGAGCAGCAGAUGGUGCAUGAGAAACAGCCUGUGCUUGAUGGGGGAGAGGUGAAGGAAGGGCAGGCGGAGGAGGAGGACGAGGAGGAGAGGGAAGAACAGCAGCAGCAGCAGCAACAACAGCAGGAGCAAAAACAACAGCAGCAGCAGCAACAAGAGCAGAAACAGGAGAGGCGGAAGCAUCAGCAGCAGCAACAAGAGCAGGAGCAGGAGAGGGGGAAGCGUCAGCAGCAGCAGUUGCAGCAGAAGCAGCAGAGUGUGCCACAGCAGGAGAGCACGGAACAGCAGCAGGAGUUUCAACCACAGCAGCAGAGUGUGCAGCAGCCGAAGCUAGCACAUGGCACCACAUCGGAGCACCUGCAGGUGGUGCAGCAUCUGCAGCAGCAGGAGCUGUUACAGCAGCAACAGCAGCAGCAGAGUGUGCAGCAGCCGAAGCUAGCAUAUGGCACCACAUCGGAGCAGCAGCAGAGUGUGCAGCAGCUGCUCUUGCAGUGGCAUAAAGGGCGAGCUAAAGCGGACGGGCUGCAAUCGAGCGACCAAAAGCCUGGCACUAGCGGCAUCACCACUGCUACCACCACCACCACCACCACUGCUACAGCUGCUGCUGCUGUUGUCGUUGCUCCUCACAUAGCAACAGGAGGAGCCUCAGCAGCAGGAGCAGAAGCAGCAGCAUCCCCCUUGAGCGACCGAAAGGAGGUAGUGAUGUCCGCAGCUAUGACUGGUGGAGCAGGGGUUGAUGCAGACGCAUUCGCAGAUGCAGGAGCGAGGGACAGAGUCGGAGCAGCAGGUAGAUCGGUAUCAGCAGCCGAUGAGUUGGCGGCGGUGGCAGCUGCAUCAGCUGCUGCAACGACAGGAGCAAUAACAGCAGCACCAAAAACAGCACCAGAAGCAGCACCAGAAGCGGCACCAGCAGCAACAGCUGCGGGUAUAGUAGCAACGAUACGGCCAACAAUAGCAGCACCAGAAGCAGCGCCAGGAGCAGCCAGAGUAGCGCAUGGCAAGUCCACAAGGCCGUCAUCUCCCAUCUCUGUUUCCCCUCCCACCACCGCCACCACCACCGCCCGUUUCCACCCAAGGAAUUCGCACGUUUACCCUAAAAGCCAUAGCUCACCCUCCUCCUGCUCCUCCUGCUCUCCUGACGCUGCUCCUCACUCCCUCAGUCCCAACGCCUUUUCUCCUCACACUCUCCCUCCACUGCCCCCCCGUCGAACCUCCCCUCCUGAUGCGCCAUCCCUCGCCUCCACCACCUCCUCCCCCUCUCCCUCCACCUCCCCUUCGUUCUCCCCCUCCGCCUCUCUCCCCCCUCGAUCCCCACCUAAACCCCGGGGGAAGCACCUGCAGAACCAGCAAACUCAACAUUGUUUGCACAACAACUCGCAAAAUCACCCGAGCCAGCAAAAUAAUCAGAAUCAGCAUAUCCAACGCCAAGGCAACUCCCCUAUCGCUGCCUCGCACGGCCGCCCCCCCCGCUGGUCUAGCCCGGGGGGGACGAGCAGGUGGGGAAGAGGGCACAGGCGGGCAGCGUCUGCUGAUAGUUUUAGUUUUGAUGAGGCGUUUGGCGGGGGGAUGCACAGCCCGUUCUCUACUGCUGCCAUGCUGUCGCAGAAUGUGCUCUCCCAAAACCAUGCGACCAGUGCUGCUGCUGCUGCUGCUGCUGCUGCUGCUGCCGCUGCUGCUGCUGUUAAUGCUGCUGCUGCUGCUGCUGCCAGUAAUGGUUCAGAACUGGUGGGAAGUAGAGAUCACCAGCACAACCAGCAGCACAACAAGCAGCACCACUACCACCAUCAGCAACAGCAGCAGCCGCAGCCACAGCAGCAGCAGCAGCAGCAGCAUGAGCGAGUGUUGGCAAGCAGGUCGUUCGGGUCAUCUCUCAGCCAUGGCAGCAGCACGGGAUUAGCAGGGCGUGUGUCACACGUGCCACACCCUAUAUCACUGCAGCACCACCAUACACCAGACCAGAAACACCCUCUGGGCCCAAGUUCUAGCUUCACAGGCGUGCAUAGCAAACUCUCCCCUACUGCACACAUAUUCUCCCCCAGUAACCACCACCUCUCACCCGGUAACCGCUUUCGCUCACAGGGUAACCACUUUCUCUCGCCUGGUAACCACCUUCUCUCACCCAACAACCGCCUCCUCUCACCAACGGGCAGAGGGCAUUUUUUUCCCGGCUCUGCACUGUCACCCGUGUCUGCCCUUUCGCCUAUUUCACCUGCCCGGAGAGCUAGUCAGCUGCCCAGAUCACCUUCGGCCGGGGCAGCGCUUGUAGGAGAAAUAUUGGCGGAAAUAGUUGAAGACGAGGAGUCAGAUAGCAGCUCUUCUGACGAUGGGGAAGAGUGGGAGGAGGGGUGGCAGGAGGAAUGGGAAGAAGAGAGAGGGGGUGAGGAGUGGGAGUGUGGAUGCAGGGAUGAACACGCAGAGGAGGAAGGGGAGGCAGAGGAGGGGAGGGAGAGAAGCGGUAGUGCAGAAGGGGAGAUUGGAGGGAGGAACAUGGCAGUGGGGCGUCAAACGGAUGGUGGUAGGCAUGGCUGGUUGGAAGAAGGGAGGGAUGGGGUGGGUGGGCCGUGUUUGGAUGGGAUUCGGUGGGAGAGUUUUGAACAGGCGGUGCUGGAGAGGCUUCGGGAGGAGAGUCAGCACUGCACCAGGCGAAGACACUGCAGCAGCAAGUGCACCAGGGGGGUUGGCAGUAGAGGAAUCAGCAGUAGGGGGAUUAGCAGUAGCUGCUGCCGGAAUGUGGGGGGCGGCGGUUCUGUCAGUGGUAGCAGCGCCAAUAAUGGAGGCGAAAACGUUACUGACUGUGCAUGCAGAACAAGCAGAAACAGCAGCUGUAAUAGGGAUCAUGGCACCAGCAGCUGUAGCGGCAGCUAUGGCAGCAGCUGUAGCAGCAGGCGUAACAGCAGGUGUGGCAGAAGCUGUAGCAGGAAAGCUUAUCCCGGGCGAUUGUGGCCAGUACCAGGGGCCCGGUUGACAGAGGAAUGCUUAGCUGUCAAGCCGCUAUUGGUCAGUGCGUGUCCAGGGAGGAUAAUGCAGGCAAGGAGGGGCGAUUGUUCUGCUGCUUCUGCUGCUGCUGCUGCUCCUGCUUCUGGUGCUACUUCUUCUCGUGCUGCUGCUUCUGGUGCUGCUGCUUCUGGUAAUGCGCCUAGCAAUGCCGGUGAUUGCACCGGUGACGAUUCCACUGGCUGUGCUGCUGUGAGGAGAGAGGAGGUUGCAGGGAGAGAGGACGUCGCAGGGACAGAAGAGGCAGGAAGGGAGAGUAAGUUAUUGUCUCGAACAGCAACAUGGUUGCAGCAGCAGCAGCAGCAGCAGCAGCAGCAGCAGCAGCAGCAGCAGCAGCAGCAGCAGCAGCAGCAGCAGCAGCAGCAGCAGCAGCAGCAGAAGCAGCAGACGCAACAGAAGCAGGAAGGGCGAGGAGGAGGAAAUAGAGAGCGGCAAAAACGGGGCCUCGGUUUGAUAAAGCAAGCGGCUGAGGAGGUGGAAUUUGGCAGCAGGAGGGGAAACGUGGAGUUGGAGGAAGGGCAGGGGAGGAGGGACAGGGAAAUGAAAGGCGAAGGGGAUGAAGAAGGGGGAGGGAGGGAGGAGGAAGAGGAGGUAGGAGUCUGGGAGGAGGAGGAGGAAGAGGAGGAAGAGGAGGAAGAGGAGGACGAGGAGGAAGAGGAGGACGAGGAGGAGGAGGACGACGAGGAGGAAGAGGAGGAGGAGGAGGAAGAGGAGGAGGUGGAUAAUGAGGUGUUGGUGACUGCUAUUGAGAGAGCGCAUCAGGAGAUGAGGAAGGACAGGUCCUCAACAGGUCAAGUCGUCUUCGCCAACCUCCUAAGCGCUCUCCUAGACCUAAGUGAUUCUUCCUUAGGCUUCAUCGCCUCUCUCUGCUUAGUGCCUGAUGGCCCAUCGCUCUCCCACACUCUUCCUCAUUUCAUGCCUGCCGACGGACCCACACCGGCUCUUACUGCAUCCAAGUUUUCCACACCACCACUUGGAUCGACUGAAGAUCUCACACCUGCACUUAGAUCGUCUCAAGAGCCCACACUAGCACUUAAAUCACCUCAAGAGCCGACACCAUCGUUUCAUGGGCCCACACUCGCACUUACUUCGUCUCAAGGCCCCACAGAAACAUCAUCUCACGAGCCCACUCUAGCACUUAGGUCCCACGCCGUCUCCAACGUCGGCUGGACAGACCAGCUCCAGGGAAUCUUCCUGGACACUUCCGCUUCCAACGGGCUUCUGCUCUCCCCCCUGUGCCCCUCGGGUCUCUUUGCCCAAGCGGGCCUGAAAGGGGAGGCUGUUUGGACGAACGAUGCUGUGCCGGCUGCUGCCCUGCCUAAAGGACACCCAAAGCUGUCUUCAGCCCUCUGCCUGCCAUUGACGUGCGGACCCUGUAUCCUGGGCGUCGCAAUGGUUGGUAACCGCAUCGGUGGUUACAACCAAUCGAUGGUGCGAGCAGUGCAGCCCCUCACCUCCACUGUUGCUGCAUGCCUGUUCGGGCUGCACUGGAGGGCGGCUGGGGGGAGGAGCUUGAGGAGGAGAAUGGCUUCAGUGGCGGAGGUUGGGCGGCUUCGCAUCAACGCAGCCGGGCGUGUUGUUAGGAUGGACGCUCCUGCUAGAGCCGUCUUCGCCCUGCUUCCACCUGUGGAGCGAAUGCAGAAGCUGAAGAGGAACGACACAGGGAAGGGGGAGGAGGGAAUGGGGGAUCAGGAAGCGAGGGAGGAGAAGGAGGGGGAGGAGGAAGAAGGGAAGGAGGAGGGGGAAGGGAAGGAGGAGGAUAUAGUGAAGGAGAAGGAGGAGGAGAAGGAGGAGGAGGAGAAGGAGGAGGAGGAGGAGAAGGAGAAGGAGGAGGAGGAGGAGAAGGAGAAGGAGGAGGAGAAGGAGAAGGAGGAAAAAGAAAAAGAGGAGGAUGGUUCUCGGUAUAAUCAUGGGCGUGGUCUUGGGAAUGGGAAGCUGCAUGUACCAGAGGGAACAGAAGGAGAGAAGCAUUCGAGCAUGUCACAGAAGCAUCAUUCACACACUACUGAAUCACACAAUAUCGAGUUUCCGGGGCAGGGGCAGGAGUCACACACACAGAAACGGGCCGGGCAGCAUUCACAAGAAAUCAACGGCCAUGCCCGCUCGCCUGCAAACCCAUGUUGCCGCGACUCCCUCUCCGCGCCUAUUCUCCUUCCAGACCUCUUUUAUAGGGUCGGUGAGACAGCAGGAUCGGAUCUCACUCCAGCAGUGUUGCUGCGGCUGCUGGGGAGGAAGGGGCAGAGUGCAGUGGGCGUGCAGAGGGGAGGCGCGCACAUCAUGCUGUUUUUGGAGCUAGAGGAAGCAGGGGAGAGGGAGGGCGGGGAGCAGAGGGAGGAGGGGGAGAGGAGGGAGGAGGAGGGGGAGCCGAGAGAGGGGGAGGCGGAGGGGGAGAUUGAAGGGAAGGGGAGAGAGGUGGUGGGGAGGGGGAGAAGGGAAGGGGUGGAGAUCAAGACAACAGAGCAGGUUGCAGGAAAAGGAAAUGAGGUUGAGGGGGGAGGCAAGGGGGAGGUUGAGGCUGAUUGGCGGAGGAGGUUGAAGGCGAAUUCGUGGGCAGAGCUGUGGGUUGCACCACGAGACAAGGCGGAGCGGGUUGCGCCUCGAGACAAGGGUUUUAAGGCAGCUCAAAACAGGGAGGUCUUGUCUGCACCUCGAGACGAGGGGUGUGUGAGAGACGCUGCAACAUUAGGAGCAGCAGGAGCAGCAGGAGCAGAAGCAGCAACUACAGGAGAAGCCAGUACAGAAGCAGCAACAGCAACAUCAUCAUCAGCAGCAGCAGGAGCGGUGCCGUCCCCUGCUAUUGGUGCGUGUAGUGUUCUGCUGUGUACCGAUAAGCAAUGCAACGACGAGAAAACUGGCAGCCAUGGGCAAACAGUAGCAAAUGAGCAUCAGGUAACAAGCGGCAAGAGAGAAACGCCCCGUUCCAAGGCUGGCAGCAGUAGGACCCACGGGCAUUUGGUUUCAACCAUGUGUACAGUAAGAGUACGCCUGCUCGCUAAGCAGCCCGCAGAUCCGUUAGAUUUCUCUAUUUAAAUUCGUGUUAGGCCAUUCCUCCAUUCAAAUAACGCAAUGAUCUGCAGCAAGCACACUAGAUGCGCCAAACGAUCCGAGAAGUUGA